AUGAACAACCGUGGAGACUCCUGUGAGGACCUCGAUCACGAGUUUGACCACUUUCUACUGGAAAUGAAGCCAUAUGUGCUUAAGCACCCUAUCAGGGCAGGUCGGAAGAACCGCAACAUUUAUGCCCGUUUGCUCCUCCAUAUGCUCAAAAAAGGUGUGCUAGAGAGGCCUUUCACCAGCAAACCAGAGCCUGGAAGUCUUAAGACACUUCCUGCCUACAUGACGAUCUACUUUGAUGAACCACUGAGCGGUCGGUUUGCGGAGCAAAGCAACAGAGGUCUCCCUGACUGGGUGACAGGGGAACUUGGUGGCUUUGCUGAUGACAGUCUUGUUGUGGAUCUACUGAAGGAUAAACCCAGCUCUACUCCCGUUGCAGCUCAUCACAGGUGGUGUUGGCUCAUGGUGGAGGGUGAACAGGGGCACAGGGAUGUUUGUGUCCCAAGGUCAAUCUUUUUUCCUCGGGUGCCCGAGGCUGAGACCGGGGCCCGCCGGCUCUGCACCUGGAGGAGAAAGCUGUAUGAGGAGAAGAACCUUUCUCGACCAAUGUCCUCCAGCCCACGAAAACAAGCACCCAGUCAGGAUGCCAGAAUGGUGGACGGAGCAUUAAAGGCAGAAAUGUCUCCAGAUGACAGUGACCUGGAGGCUCGUCUCAACAGCUGGAACCUCGGGAUUGAAAACCCCAGGUAUUUGAGGGAGAAGCCCAUUCCCUUGUCACCAACUUUCAGGUCAAACUAUGAGAGGAGUAGCACCUUUGCCAAUGAUCGUGGCCCACAAAGCAAAGAGACUGAGAUGAGGCUCAAAAUGUUGGAGACUCAGCAUCAAGAGGAAAAACUGAAGAUGCAGCAGAAACAUGAUGCAGAUAUUGAGAAGAUCUUGGACCGAAAAAAUCGUGAGAUUGAAGAGGUGAAGAGCCUGUAUUGGACCAAGCAGAAAGAAUCAGAGGAAAUGAUCUGUAAGAUGGAGAAGAAAGUUCAAAGUGUGCUGCGAGAAUCCCAGGUCAUCUGUGAGAGCAAAGAGAAGCAGAUAACGGAGCUGAGGAAGAUAUCGGAUCAGAGCACAGACUCCUUUAAAAAUGAGUGGGAGAAAAAGCUUCAUGCCGCUGUAACAGAGAUGGAACAGGAGAAGUUUGAAUUGCAAAAGAAGCACACAGCAAAUAUCCAGGAGCUGCUGGAGGACACUAACCUCCGACUGGCUAAGAUGGAGUCUGAGCACAAUGCUCGGUCACAGGCCACGGAGCAAAUGAUGCAUGGCCUGGAGCUGCAGGUGAAGCAGCAGUCAGUAGAGUUGGAGAAGGGCAACUCGCUGCGUCAGAAAGUCACACAGGAGAAGGCCCAGUUGGAGAUACAGACUGCUUCCCUCAGUGCAGAGCUGCAGGAGGCAAACCGACGGAUUACGAUGCUGCAGAAGGAGAAAGAGCAGCAAAACGACUUGUAUGAGCAGACUAUACUGAAGCUCCAAGCCAAACACGAGGCUGACAUGAGCCACUUUCAUCAGGAACACGCACUCUCUGCUGCUAAGGCCUCUGAGGUGAUGGGGGACUUGGAGAAGACGGUAGUUCAGAUCAAACAGCAGCUCCAGGAUAGCGAGCAUAGAAGAAACCAACAGAUCAGGGAUCAAGAAAUAAAGUUUCAGCAGGAGAAAGAUGAGCUGCAGAUCAACUUGGAGAAAAAGGUGUUGGCGGCUCACAGUGAGGCAGAGAGGGAGAAAACAGAAGCCAAGAGGAAGAUAGCCAAACUAGAAGAUGCAUUAAGCCGCCGUGGUGGCUCCUUCACGCGGGAGAUGGAGAGCCAGUUAGAACGAACAAGGGAGACCCAAAAGCAACAGAUCCAACAAGCUGAUAUGGCACUGGAGCAGUUUAAGAAACAGGUGGAGCUCAGCUCUGAGAAGGCCUAUUCUGACAUGAAACUCCAGAUGGAGAAAGUAGAGGAACACCUGGACCGCUCCAAGUCCCUCAGGGAGAACCAGGCCAGAGAGUUCUCUCAGCAACUCAAUGACCUCAAAAAGAAAUAUGAGAAGCAGAUACCCCCCCUGGACUUGAAAGAAGCCCAUUACCUCACUGUCCUGUCUCAAUGCGUGCGACGCUCUCACACAACCAUGUCAGCCGGGGCUGACAGGAGUCGUGCUGUGGCGCAGCGCCCGACCCACUCUGUCUUUACGGCGCCACGCUGCGCCGCGACUGUGGCAGUCCUCCCUCGCCAGCGCCACGCCGGCCCCUUUAAGAGCCGCAGCACCCAGCAUCCUCCACUGCACGCUUGCGCUCUCUGA